AUGCCUCGCCGCCGCAAGGCUCGCUGCUCACAUACUGCAACUUCCGUUGCUCACAUCUCUACCCACUUAUUUUUGGACCGAUUCUACAAUAGCAUUACACUGGAUCACAGCCGACCUACCGUCCAAACCUGCCUUUGUUCAUCUACUGGCUUCGGCGGUCGCAAGGUGACGUCUUCGUCGGCGAGAUUUCAGCGCGGCGAGCAGCUCGCUCGAUCAUCAGCCAUCAGACUCUUCCGACCUAUACUGGACGGUGACGGCAUUCUCCGUGUCGGUGGUCGCCUUGAAGCCCUUCCCGACCCAAGUGACCUAAAACACCCUAUCUUGCUCCCAAGCCAUCACCGCCUCACGUCCCUCAUUAUCAUGUAUGCCCACCUCCGCCUCUGCCAUGCAAGCAUUCAUACAACGCUCCUCGAUCUCCGCGACAGAUACUGGCUGCUCAAGGGACGACAAACUGUUAAACGCGUACUUCGUCAGUGCCGGCGAUGCCGCCGCACGAGACUUCGUCCAGAAUCCGCGCUUGUCGCCCCACUACCUCGCGAGCGGAUAACACCGACCACCACCUUCAACGUCACUGGCGUGGACUUCUGCGGUCCGCUGUAUGUCCGAGUCAGCUCAAGCGCCUCAUCUAAAGCAUACGCGGCCCUCUUUACGUGUGCGGUGACUCGAGCAAUUCACCUCGAGCUCGUCACAAAUAUGACGGCCCCGGCUUUUCUUCUCGCUUUCCGCCGUUUCGUCGCCCGACGCGGUGUUCCAUCCCUUGUAUAUUCCGACAAUGCCCGCACUUUCCACCGAUGCGCUCACCUCCUCACUCUCCUGUCCACGGAACCCGUCCAAGAUUUCGCCAGCAAUCUUCGCAUCACUUGGAGGUUUAGCCCCCCUUCUGCCCCCUGGCGGGGUGGGUGGUGGGAGCGCAUGAUCCGCACGGCGAAAUCAUCCCUAAGACUGACCCUCGGCCAUAGUCGCAAGACAUUCGAAGAACUGGUCACCAUUCUUCACGAAGUCGAAGCGGCCGUAAACAGCAGACCCCUCACUAGCAUAUCCACGGAUCCUCAAGAGGUGCUCCCUCUUACCCCGUCUCAUUUCCUCGUCGGGAGUCGUAUUGCAAGGCUGCCGCUUCUCGAGAACGUCCAGCAAGAGAGCACGCCCUUGACGUUACGCAGACGGAGCGAACGACGCCAGCAAGCCAUUGAAGUGUUCUGGAAGCGCUGGAAAAGGGAAUAUGUCCUCCAGCUCCGUUCUGCGCACCAAGGUGCUGGCGGAUUUCCUACAGCUCUGAAGCCUGGUGAUCUUGUCAUCGUUGAAGACGACCGCCUCCCACCAUUGUUGUGGAAAACUGCCAUCGUUGUAGCCACACACCCGGGGCGCGACGGGAUCGUGAGGAGCUUCACUAUCAGUCUCGCAAACGGAAGAGAAACGUCACGUCCUGCUCAGCGUCUGUACCUGCUAGAGGCCCACGAGGACACCACAGCCGCCCCCGGGAGGAUGUUGGGAAUCGACGAGGACGUUUCUGCCCACGCGAGUACCGAAAGAGAAGGAGGGAUCGCGAGCCCGGCACUCGGGCCUGUACCUUCGUUCAGGCAGUUUGGUUCCGCCCCUCUGGAAUAA